AUGAGUUUAGAGAGAUUCGGAGCCGGCAGCACGAAGCCAAGCAUCUCGACAAUCGGGGCGGACCAGUUCGACGGUUUCCAUCCGAAGGAGAGGCUCAGAAGCUAUCUUUCUUCAAUUGGUGGAUGUUCAGAAUCUUCUUUGGUACACUCUUUGCCAACACAGCUCUUAUUUACAUUCAAGACAAUGUUGGUUGGACCUUGGGGUACGCUAGGAAAUGGGAAGAGUAUGCCACUUCCUAGUGACCCUAAGGAACUCUAUGAACUUGAUCCGGAAGAGUAUGCCAGGAAUGGGAAGUUCAAGAUUGAGUCAACACCAGGUUUGAGGUUUUUGAAUAAGACUGCCGUGAACACGGGAUCGACCGAUCCAUGGAUGCUGUGCUCAGUAACUCAAGUAGAGGAAACCAAACAAAUGUUAAGAAUGGUCCCAAUAUUGAUUGCCACGUUGGUGCCAAGCGCCAUGAUUGCACAAGUCAAUACAUUGUUUGUAAGACAAGGCACUACCCUUGAUAGACAUAUGGGAAACUUCAAGAUCCCCCCAGCUAGUUUAGCUGCAUUCGUGACGAUUUCCAUGCUUAUUUCCGUCAUCCUCUAUGAUCGUUGCUUCGUUCCGGUUAUCCGAAAAUGGACCAAGAAUCAGAGGGGCAUCACUCUGAUUCAAAGGAUGGGAACUGGCCUUGUUCUUCAUAUCAUGAUCAUGGUGAUUGCUUCUUUAACCGAUAGGCAUAGGCUCAGUGUGGCUAGAGAACAUGGCCUAGUUGAAAAGAGUGGCCAACUUCCAUUAACCAUAUUCAUUUUACUUCCGCAAUUUGUGCUCGUGGGAACAGCUGAUGCGUUUCUAGAGGUGGCUAUAAACUCGAGUUCUUCUACGACCAAGCGCCGGAAAGCAUGA